AUGGGUGUUAUUGACGAGGAGGAGACUAGAAAGAUACUAGAGUUGGUUAACACACCAGCCUUAGACUGGCUAGGGCAAGGUUGUUAUUCUGGUGGUAGCCACGUCAAGGGAGGAAAGUAUGGAAGAACACGCGGUGGCCUUCCGAAAAAAACACCCCCGGAAGGUUACUUAUGUCACAGAUGUCAUGUUGGGGGUCACUUCAUCCAACAUUGCCCUACUAAUGGAGAUCCCAACUAUGAUGUCAAACGAGUGAAAGCGGCUACUGGGAUUCCGAAAUCAAUGUUGAAAGCUGACCCUGAAGGUCGGUAUGUUUUACGUAAUGGCGAGGUUGCGGUCAUGAAGCCAAACGAAGAUAUUUUUGAGAAAGAGAUGGAGGGGAUACCUGCUAGAAGAUCAUCAUGGUCUGUUAAUGAUGUCGCACCUGAUCUUUUGUGUCCUCUCUGUAAGAAAAUCAUGAAAGAUGCUGUCUUGACGAGCAAGUGUUGUUUUAAAAGUUUCUGUGAUAGGUGCAUUAGGGAUCACUUGAUCAAAUCGAGGUUGAAGUGUGAAUGUGGAGCCACUGAUAUGCUUACUGAUUACCUCAUUCCUAACAUGACUGUUAGGCGUGCUAUUAAUAGGAUUUUGGAGUGUGAUACUUCUAGCAGUAGCGGCAGUGGUGAUGGUAGUGGUUCCAGAAGCACUUCUUUUCAUGUUCAAGAUUUGGUUUCAUUUGUUCACUGGCCAUCACAAACGUGCAAGGUUUCAUCUACUACAUUGUCUGCUACAUCAUCAUGCUCGUCAUCUAAAGAACAGCAGAAGCCAACAGACAGAGUAAAUUCCCUGCCCCCGAUGGUUAAAAGAGCAAGAAUUGCAGAAUCUGCUGGUGAAUCUAAAGCUACAAUUGCGCCAAUGAAUGUUAAUGAGAUAGCAUCAAAAGGGAAUCUUCAUGGGAUCGAUGAGGAAGUUGAUCAGAGGAAGCUUGUUAGUAGUGAAAACGGAAAGAAGAGGAAGAGGAAUGCGUCUGAUCAAGCUUGUGAGAACUACAUGAUGAUGCCUACUGGCUCUGGUGCGUACAACCCAUACUGGAGUGGCAUGUGGGGAGGUAUGGAAGGAUCGUAUCCAGAACCAUAUUAUACUGAUUCAAUGGGUGGUUAUGGAUAUAGCCACUUAGGCAUGCCAUAUGGUAAUACUAUGCCUCAAGACUUUUGGUUCACGAUGAACAGUGAGCAGGCAGGGGAAGAAGCAUUAGUAGCAGGAUUUCCUCACUGA